AUGGUAAGAUCCAUAGGCCUUAACACGGCCAAUUUAAACUGUAUCAUAUAUCGCAACAAUGUAACAGCCUUUAAUUCAGGCUCUUUAAACACAAAUUUACACAAAAUAUGUAACAUACAAAGGAUUUAUUUUGGAAAUAAUAGGAAUUAUCUCACAUCGCACACGAUUCCUGAUAAGAUUUUAAAACGUUAUAUAUCAUCUUCAAAAAUAUUUUUCAAGAGUUUGGAUUCUUCUACACAGGAAGAUUUAAAGAACGAGCCGUCAUUUUUUUCACUUGGUUCUGAAGUUUCUUCAUCAGAAUCUGCCUUCAUCAUAGAUAAAAUCACUCCAAUUCAUCCGGAUGAAACUAUAAGUAUUCCUGAUAUCACAGAUAGGAAUAAGAUAGUUGAGAGUUCGAAGGAUGAUUCAGAUGUUUUACUUAGGAAUGUUAAAUCCGUAGUAUUUGAAAGAGCCGAGGAUAUAUCAAAGUGGCUGAGAACUAAUAAGCAAUCGUUUUUGAAGAACAUAGAUGAGCAAGUAAUACACUUGUUCAGGAACUCAGAGAAGUUUUCAUCAAUUCAUGGGCUUUUGCUGGCUGAUGUUUCUCCAGAUGACUUUAGAUCCCAUGUUGAUAGUGUUAAAUCAGUUUCAAACCUGUUUUCGCCACAGUUUAUAAGGAAACAAAAGAAGAAACUUUACAAGGACAAUGACCUACCAUUACUGUGUCCAGCGCAAAAUUUUAAACCUGAUUCCCCAAAUGAAACCCAUGAGGAUACUAAUUAUGACUCAGUAUUAAGUCAGAAAAGGCAGGAGCUGAUAGAGAAGUUGAGCUUUAGUGAGGCUCUGGAGACGGCAAAGGUAGAGGCCUCUAACCUACUAGACUUCAAACACCCUUCCGAGUUAUCAUCACUUUCUAGCACUUGCACUCAGUGGAUUCAGGACAUCUCACAAUUCAUUAAGAAGGAUAGAGAGAAGGGUGGAACAUUUGUAAUACCACUGGAUUUAGAAGAGGAAUUACUGGCAACCACAACUGUUAAGGUAGUUCUCCAAUCGAUGUGUUUCCCAUCAUACACACUGGAUUCCAGAGGUAAUAAAGGAGGUCUUUUAAAGAAAAGAAUACAGCAAACUAAUAGUAACCAGAUUCUAAUCUCACAUUUGGCCAUAAAACUAGGAGAUGAAGUAGGGAAACUUUACAAUAGUUUAAUAUUAAGUACUAAAGAUUCAGAUAAUGCAUCCAAUGUGGAUAAUACUAAUAAUUCAUCUAAUAAUUAUCCUGUUAACCAUAAAAUUGCCAGUGUAGAGGUUAGUUCAGGUAAAUCACUGGAGAAAGAAUUCAGCCAGGAGGAUUUUAUUGAGAUUAAGAGUGCUGGAAAUGGUGCUGAGAGUAAUGACAGUGUUGUGGUAAAGUCUAGUCUUAACGCAGUGAUUGAGCCUCUGAAUAACACCGUCAGAAACCAGAAGAAUUGGAACAGUUCACAGUCAGCAGCAGCUGGAGGUUACCUGUUGAACGCACUAAUCAAGUCAUGUAGGAUAGAACUUGACCUCCAAACCGCACUAAAACAGUACUUGUCCAACUAUUCAUGCUACCUUAAUCAGUCAAUGGAUAUUAAAACUCCAAACCUUAUAACUGACAGCUCUAGUCAUAAUGAUUCAUCACCUGAUAAUAUUCAGAAAAGUGAUUCUCCAGAUAGUAAAAAUAGUAUUGUACAAGUAAAUGUGAAGGAUAAGGCCCCGGUGGUUGCUGGAAAAAGUAAUUUAGGUAAUGACAAAUUGAGUAUAAUAAUGAGAUUUUUAAACGUGAUAAAGAAGAGUAGGUUUAACGAGUCGUUGGUGGAGGUGGAGGCGUUUAGGCAUGUGCUUCUGAGGCAGGGAGUGAAGACAUUUGGAGUGCUUGAGAUGAGGGAAAGCUGUAUGCUACAGCUGAGAGAUUUUGUAGCGAAGAGUUUAGUGUCUUUGGCAGCAUUGCCGAUGGUUUGCAGACCUAAAAAAUGGAUCAAUGCAACAACAGGGGGUUCAAUACUGUUAAAGCAUAACUUUAUAAGAGGAAGUAAACUGAACGAAGUUAAGGUUUAUAACCUGGAAAACGUGUUUGAUAUAGUGAACAAGUUCUCACAAGUACCCUGGAUAAUUAAUUCACAGAUGUUGAAACUUAUUAAACACAUUUGUAACAGCCAAACUGAUAUGCCAAUAAAACAACAUCUACCAGUUAAUACAAAUAUAAAUCUUAUGGAGAAUAUCAACACUACCAUCUCUAAUAUCACAAGUCUGAGCAGUAACGAGCUGAGUGAACUGUCGUUGUUUUUGAGGAGAAUUAAGAUAGCGGACGCAUUUGCAAAUGAAAGGAGAUUAUAUAUGCCACUGAAUAUCGAUUUUAGAGGAAGAAUGUACCCAUUGUCACCAUACCUUAACCACAUGAACGAUGACCUUUGCAGGAGUUUGCUGUUAUUUUCAGAAAAGAGAAAAUUGGGAAAUAGAGGGCUUUUCUGGCUAAAGGUGCACUCCAGUAACAUGUACGGAAAUGAUAAGAUCAGCUUUGAAGACAGGGUUAAAUGGGUUGAUGAGCAUAUAUCUAUAAUAACAGAGCUAGUAAAAAGUCCUUUUAAGGAUUUUAACCAGAAUUUCUGGGUUAAAGCAGAUAAACCAUUCCAGUUCUUUGCAUCGUGUGUUGAGUUAGUAAGAGCAAUAGAGUCUAAUAACCCAGAAGACUAUAUGACACAUUUGCCAAUACAACAAGACGGAACAUGUAAUGGAUUACAGCACUAUGCAGCUUUAGGACUAGAUGAAAAAGGUGCAAAAUACGUCAAUUUAGUGGAUUGUGAACACCCACAAGACCUAUACACACACAUACUACAACUGAUCAUACAGAAGGUAUAUAAUGAUCUCAACUAUACAUCUGGUAGUGGUGUGAGUAAUAACAGUCUGGUUACUACGGGAAAUGGUAAACUUAGUAACGUGGAGAGUAAUAAAAAGUAUAGUGAGAUUUGUGUGAACAAUAACAUACUGUGCAGAAAGGUGAUCAAGCAGACAGUGAUGACUAUUUGCUACGGAGUGACUAGAAUUGGAGCAAUAGACCAGGUGGAGUCGAAGUUAAAGGACAUAAAGAAGAUUUCAUAUUUAUCACCAUCUGAACUCAGAGGGCUUGCUGCAUACCUGGCCAACAAAAUACUUUCCAGCAUUUCAACAAUAUUCUCAGAAGCAAUGUCCAUAAAAAAUUGGCUAGAUGAGAUCAGCUGUGUCCAUAACAAGUUCAACAUUCCAGUCACUUGGAUAAGUCCCAUAGGCCUACCCUGUGAACAACCCUACUGUAAGUCAGUGACCAAGGUGGUUAGAACACCAUUGCAGGCUAUUAACGUUUCAAAGUAUGUUAGUUCAGUUGAUAAGAGGAGGCAGAAGCUGGCUUUCCCACCAAACUUUAUUCACUCACUGGAUGCCUCACAUCUAAUGAUGACUGCAACUGAAGUUUUCAAGCAUACGCAGAGCUUUGCGUCAGUACAUGACAGUUAUUGGAUCCAUCCUGACAAGGUGGACAUGAUGCACACAUACAUACGAAACGAGUUUUUCAACAUGCACACAAAACCCAUACUCGAUGACUUACAUAAAUCUGUACUAAACAAACUACAAAUCAAUUUCAGACCACCUCCGAAGAAAGGGAAUUUUAACCUAGAACAUGUACUUGAUAGUAAAUAUUUUUUUCACUAA